AGAAAAUAAAGUUGAAACAUAAUUUGAUAAAAUGGACAGCUUUAUUGAUGCCUGCAUUGCUAAACUUCAGAUAAAACAAUUCAGAGUAAACAAGGAGAAGGCGAGAAUACUCCAAAGAAAUAGAACUUUUCUCCCAAUUUCCAAGAUACCUUGAAGAACGAGAAACAUACUAAAUCAUAAUAACGCUACCCAGCCCUGUGUAUUCAGAAUCACUAGAGUAUCGAAAAAAAUGCAACUAAAUAAGCAAAAGAGCACAAGAAAUUUGUUCAGCUCAUUAUAGAAAUGAAUCCCAUUUUUAAUGUAACUUUGCCUUGCAAAUAUUAAGCUUAAUCUUAUUCAUAACAUAAGUUUUCUUUACUCUUGCUUCGAUCGGUUCUGGUUAAUUAAGGAGGUUAUUUUCCAGUACAAAUUAAGAGUGCUAUUGCCUUCUCAAUUUCCCUCCUUUCGUUGUUAAAGGGACAGCCCUCUAUGAGUCUUUUAAUCACCUUUUAGUGGUUAGUCUAAAAGAGCUGAAAGAUUAUUCUGGAAAUAGAGAAAGAACAACUGUUAAUAAAAAAUUUGAACAUUAAGUUUUGAGAUUUUUAAAAUAAUUAAGUGGUGGAUCAGAAACAUUCCAAUUUUAUGAUUAAAAAUGUAUGCUUCACUAUUGCUGUAAUGGAGGCCAAAAUAAUGCACUUUGGCUUUUAUACACACAAACUGUGAGUUAUAGGCUAAUAUUCCAACAGCUGGCUCUUGCUUUGAUUAAUAAAAGUUCGAUCAUGGCUGCUUUUG